AGGAAGAAAAACUCCAUGAAGCUCUCAUUUGGCAUGUGCUUUUUCUCCCUGUAUGAGCUAUUUUGGUUUUAAGCUACUGCUUUGUAAUUUAAAAUUAUGUCAUCUGUCACAGCUGACGGAGAUUGUAACGAUAUAACUGUACCAUUGUGGGAUCCAGUACCAGCUUUGUAAGCUGUUUGGCUUUUCUGGUUUGAUGUUACCAAGAAGAUGUCAGGAAAAUCCUAUAGGAACAGCUGUACUUUAUUCGGGGGAUAAGGAGCAUCCACGUGUCCUCAUCCCUGAGCUCUGCAGACUUUUCUAUCAGCUCGGAUGGGUGACAGGAACAGGGGGUGGAAUAAGCCUUAGACAUGGGGACCACAUUUAUAUCGCCCCGUCUGGAGUUCAGAAGGAAAGAAUACAGCCAGAGGACAUGUUUGUGUGUGACAUUGAGGAGCAGGACAUCAGCACCCCUCCUGCAUGCAAGAAACUAAAGAAGAGCCAGUGCACACCGCUGUUCAUGAAUGCGUAUACCAUGAGGGGAGCCCAAGCCGUCAUUCAUACACACUCAAAGUCUGCUGUCAUGGCCACUUUGCUGUUUCCUGGCAAGGAGUUUCGCAUCACACACCAAGAGAUGAUCAAGGGGAUUUGCAAAGGAAACUCGGGUUCAAAUUUCAGGUACGACGAGACAUUGGUGGUGCCUAUCAUAGAGAACACACCAGAGGAGAAGGACCUGAAGGAACGCAUGGCCAGAGCUAUGGAGGAGUACCCAGAUUCCUGUGCUGUGCUCGUCAGACGGCAUGGAGUGUACGUGUGGGGAGAGAGCUGGGAAAAAGCCAAGACUAUAUUCAGCGACAAGUUGCUCUGUGGAGCCAGUCUUUGUUCUAUUGCCUUCCGGUUUCCACUGCUACCGUUCCCCCAUCCAUUUGAAUGAACAUUAUUCCCGGAGGUGCCAUAACUCGCAGGCUGCCCACGCUGGCUGGAGACUGCUAGGCUCAGCUGAUUCAACCCCACUGUGACUACUCUCAUCCUAUCCUUCCUGAGUGUGGGCAUACCUGCUGAGCAACGGCAAGACAAAUCACAGCCAAUUCCUUCUGGAGUUGUUUAUUCUAGUCUUGUUCAUUCCGGAAAACUCAAAUUCUGGUGUGCAAACACGUGAUGAAAGCUGGCACCUUGGCAUUUAAGGAUAAGGCCAGUGUUGACCAGCUGUUCGAAGCAGUCUGAGAGCAUCACUGAGAGAGCUCUGACCCGUAAUAAUGUGCUGCCAUCCAUGUAUUUGUAAAUGUAGUGACUGAUGACUUGCUAGUCAGUUUAAAGGCGCAUACAAGUAUGGGUAAUUCACAAUUCAAUAAGUUCACAACAAAUAUUGUUGUUUCUUAACAAUGUACUGAACAGUGAUGGAUCUGGUUUGGCUAUGUCUCCGAUUUACUGAAGCUUCAUGGUAGCUUUGGCUUUACAGGCUUGUGCAAUAUUGAUUUUUCCUUGCUGGUGAUUUUUUUUUUUUUUUUUUUUUUUUUUUUUUUUUAAAUGGUAAAUAAACGAUUUAAUUAUCCAGGCCAGAAAACAAGCAUUUCAACCAUUUCAGGUUCAAGGAGAGUACAGAAAGGGUGUAGUAAUAUUACUAGCAGUGCAGUUAGGAACUGCUUGCUGGCAGUGGCAAUAGUGAAAUCUCAGUUGGAUGCUGAUUCUGCAGUAAUUCAAAGUGAACAGACAAAAAACAUAACAGUAUGUUUUCAUUAGAAGUUUGUUGCUCAACACAUUUGAAAUCUGACCAACAUAGGAGAGUGAAGAAAAAAAACCCAGCAUAUUUAAUCACUUUCUAAUGAUCAUCACCAUUAUUGUUAUUCAUAAAAUGUUAAAUACAGUACCGUCUUUUAGGCCUGUUAAAUCUCUAUAAACCCAAAUUUUCAUCCUUUUUCCUCUUUUGACCAUUAAUGGCGAAAUAUCUAAUAAACAUAGUUAACUGAUGUUAAACUAUGCACAGUACUUGUCUAAUGUUAGCUAAGUCAAACAUCCUAUACUGAUACUGAACAAUGAUGAUUUAUUUUGUAUUAAUAAUCUCAAAACAUUGUCCAAUUAUCUUGCCAGAAAGCAAUGCCAGUAAAGAUUGUGAGAUGGGUUAAGGGGGGCAGGGCUUCCAGGUGAUGUCAUUUAAUAUCAGAGAGUUCUAACUAUCUGCACAAAUCAUUCCAGAUUCAUAUGCUGAUUGGCUCAUCUCCUAUUUUAUCGGGAGAAAAAGACAGCUCUUCUGGGAUAUUUUUCAGUGAUGACUCAUACUAGCAUACGUCGAGGUUAAAUUGUGGAGCUUCUACAGAAAAUGUGUAAAGGCUGGCAGAUCUGGUAAUAUAAUCGGAGUGAAUAUCACUGGAUAUUGUGGCAGUGUAAAAUCGCGUAGAGACGAUUAAAUUGUUAUAUCGCACAAACCUAUGACUUUACUAUCCAUCAAUCUUUAUUGCUCCUCAUGGUGAAAAACGACAGCAACUGACUACAGAUGCAAAUGCCACAUAUAAAAUCAGCAUUGUAGGUUUUAAUGGUCUUCUGUUGUAUAAAAAAGCAUCAACAAAAUGCUGACUAAGAAUAAACCAAACAGACAGUUGUGCAAUUACUUCAAGUUAUUAGUUUCACCCAAUAUAUAUUCAAAUACCCUCAGACCUAAGUGGAAUGAGAUGGAGCAUAAAGAUAAACACAAACCAACCAAUUACUUGGUCUGCACUAUAAAUAUGUACAUACGCAUCCAGUGCAUACUUUCAGUGGACAGUACCUUAAAUCAGCAGAUCAGAUGUCCGAACAGGCUGUAAUUAUAGGCUUUCAGUUCCACUAAUUAACCCAGCUAAUUCAUGUGUGCUUUUCGCACUGAAGGAAGUUGCUAUGUUAAUGUGUGACUCACAGCAGGAAGCUGUGAUGUCGUCGAGGGCAAUUUCCUUCCACUUUGUGCAUGGCACAUUUGAAAUCAAGGUUCUAGGACCCAGUGUGAGCAUUUCAGGUGCUUCACUCCUGAUUACAAUUUUAGAUGCAGAGCACCUCACAGACCUGUAUACUUUCACUCACUUGCAUCCAACGAGCCCUGUGUAUCAGAGAUGCAGAGUCUUGUGGCACAGUAAAAUAGAAGGGAGCAUGGGCAGGGGAAAAACUAUACAUUUGUCCAUACCACUUAUCAUACACAGGGUCAUGGGGGAACCUGGCGCCUAUCCAAGGGAACUCGGGGCACGCGUCUCAUGCCAACCAAAAGCAUUGCAUAAUUGCACAUACAUUCAAACACUACUGACAGUUUGCAAAUGCCAGUCAGCAUACAGCGUAUGCCUUUGGAUUUUGAGAGGAAACCAGAGUACCUAGAGGAAACCUCCGAAGCACAGGGAGAACAUGCAAAGUCCUCACCCCUAUACAUUUGUAAAAAAAAAUAAUAAUAAUAAUGCAGAAAAUCGUUGAGUAAAUGGUUGAGUGAGCAGUAGACAAUGCUAAACCAAAUGGAUAAGGUAAAAAUAGCCAGUCCACUAUUUUUAACAACACAGUAUACAGGAUUACAUUAGCCAUAUAGUAGAAUGUUCAUGCAAUCAAGGACAGUUAAAAAAUCAAAUCAGUGGCUUCACUGCUUUGUUGCUGCAGCAAGUUGACAGCUGCAGCAUCACCACUGAUGUAACAUCAACCUGACGAUCACAAGGAAACAGAGAAAAAUGGAGGAACAAAGAUGUGAUUACCAAAAUAGCUGUAAGAUUUAUUAUCUAAGAGAAGAGAAGCCUGUCUAAUCUAGGGUUAUUAGAUAAUAUUAUUUUUUUCUCUUCAGUAGUCUUAAGCAGUGACUCUCAACGUAGGGUCCAUAAAGCAUAGUCAGAGUUUUAUGAUUUUAAAAAAUACAUAUAUUUUAUUUUGUUACAGUGGAGGACAUCACAACCCAAAAUAUUUGUUCAUUGAGUUUUUAUAGUUAUUGGCCUAUCUGACUGGUCACUUGAAUUAUAGAGUUGCAGUCAAAAUUAUUCAACCCCCAUUGCAAUUGAAAUACAACGAAUGCUUCAAGUGGUUUCCCCAAAUUCAACUGAAAAUGCGUUUAUAAUGAUUUCUCCAGUCUCAAAAUUAUUCAACCCCUUCAUGGUAAGCAUCUUUAGUACUUAGUAGAGCACCCUUUUGCUGUUAUGACCUGCUGCAAACGAGAUGCAGAGCUUCUGGCAGCGUUCCUGAGGAAUCUUAGCCCAUUCCUCAUGAGCAAAGGCCUCCAGUUCAGUAAUAUUCUUGGGUUUGUGUGCUGCAACCGCCUUCUUCAAAUCCCACCAGAGAUUUUCUAUGGGGUUCAAGUCAGGUGACGGUGAUGGCCCUGUAGAAUCUUCCAGGACUUCUGCAACUAAGCCUUGGUGGAAUUUGAGAUGUGCUUGGGAUCAUUGUCCUGUUGGAAGCUCCAAUGAUGUCCAAGCUUCAGCUUCCCCACAGAUGGCAUGAAGUUUUCUCCUAGCAUUUCCUGAUACUUCAAUGAAUCCCUCUUGACUUCUACACGCUUUCAAGUGCCGGAGGAUGCAAAGCAGCCUCAGAGCAUCACCAAGCCGCCACCACCUUGCUUGACUGUGGACAGAGUGUUCUUUCUUCAUUAUUUUUCCCCCAGACAUACUGCUGAUCAAUCGUGACAAAAUGUUCCAGUUUUGUUUCAUUGCACCACAGAACAGAAUCCCAAAACUUCUGUGGCUUAUUUAUAUGAUUUUGAGCUGACUUUUCUUGUUUCCUUUUGCGUUUAGUACGCGCCUUACUGUGCUCACUGAAACCUCAGUGUAUGUUGCCAUUUGGGGAAUUUGGGGAAACCACUUGAAGCAUCCGUUGUGUUGAACUAUUUCAAUUACUUUUGUUUGAUUUGUUCAUUGCAAACAGCUGAAAGUCUUUAAAUUUUGACAACAAACCUGAUUUGCAAUGGGGGUUGAACAAUUCUGAUUGCAGCUGUACAAAAAUAACUCCAAAAUAUGUUCAGUUGGUGGAAAGUUCAGGAAUAAAAUACUCUCUGGCUCCAAUAAACAGAUGAAUUAUUGUUGUUCACAUUUAAAUAGUAACACUAAUAUUUGUAUAGUUAGAGUAUGUUCAUAAAUAUGUACUGAUGGAAAUUAUUUUACCGAUAAAGUGGUCCCUGGUUGCAAAAACCUUGAUAGCCCCUGCUCUAAAGCAUCAUCACCAUCUGAAGCAACACACUAAGCAGUGGGUGUUUUAUUUAGCUUAAGAGUGUUUGUUGUAUAGUCUAACAAUUCUAUAUGUUAGAAAGAAUGUCAUGUAAUCUGUAGCUUUUAUGGGCCUUAUGUAAAUGUAGUUUUUUCCCCCCAGUUUCAUUUUUAUUGAACAUUUCUGCUGUACAUUUCUGCUGAACAUUUCUGCUGUACAUUUCUGCUGAACAUUUCUGCUGGACAUUUCUUCUGAACAUUUCUGUUGAACAUUUCUGCUGAAUUAAACAUUUCUGCUGAAUAUUUCUGCUGAACUAAACAUUUCUACGGAACAUUUCUGCUGAAUAUUUCUGCUGAACUAAACAUUUAUGCUAAACAUUUCUGCUGGACAUUUCUGCUGGACAUUUCUGCUGGACAUUUCUGCUGGACAUUUCUGCUGGACAUUUCUGUUGGGCAUUUCUGCUGGACAUUUCUGCUGGACAUUUCUGUUGGGCAUUUCUGCUGGACAUUUCUGCUGGACAUUUCUGCUGGACAUUUCUGUUGGACAUUUCUGCUGAACUAAACAUUUAUGCUAAACAUUUCUGCUGGACAUUUCUGUUGGACAUUUCUGCUGGACAUUUCUGCUGAACAUUUCUGCUGGACAUUUCUGCUGGACAUUUCUGUUGGGCAUUUCUGCUGGACAUUUCUGCUGGACAUUUCUGUUGGGCAUUUCUGCUGGACAUUUCUGCUGGACAUUUCUGUUGGGCAUUUCUGCUGGACAUUUCUGCUGGACAUUUCUGCUGGACAUUUCUGCUGAACAUUUCUGCUGGACAUUUCUGUUGGACAUUUCUGCUGGACAUUUCUGCUGGACAUUUCUGCUGAACAUUUCUGCUGAACAUUUCUGCUGGACAUUUCUGUUGGACAUUUCUGCUGGACAUUUCUGCUGGACAUUUCUGCUGAACAUUUCUGCUGAACAUUUCUGCUGGACAUUUCUGCUGGACAUUUCUGUUGGACAUUUCUGCUGAACAUUUCUGCUGGACAUUUCUGUUGGACAUUUCUGCUGGACAUUUCUGCUGAACAUUUCUGCUGGACAUUUCUGUUGGACAUUUCUGAUGAACUAAACAUUUCUGCUGAAUAUUUCUGAUGAACUAAACAUUUCUGCUGAAUAUUUCUGCUGAACUAAACAUUUCUACGGAACAUUUCUGCGGAAUAUUUCUGCUGAACUAAACAUUUAUGCUAAACAUUUCUGCUGGACAUUUCUGCUGGACAUUUCUGUUGGACAUUUCUGCUGAACUAAACAUUUCUGCUGAACAUUUCUGCUGAACACGUCUACCAAACAUGUCUGCUGAACAUCACCUUUUUUCUUCUCUCCUCCCCUCCCUUUCCCAAAUAUUACAUUUAAAUGUAGUUUUGAUGCAGACCUUCCCACCUCUUAAAAUGUGUUACUCCAGGGCCUUUAACUGCUAUAUCUAGUGGUCCUGGUUCUAGAAGUCUGUUCCACUAUGAUGAUUCCUGCACCUAUUGAGUGAUAGCUAGGUAGAUUGCUACUGCAGAUAUUAACAUAACAUAACUUAUUUUAUUCUUCAUGAUGAUGUUUGUUUAACUGAGAUGAGAUGACAGAUCAGAUUUUCAGCUUUCAUUUCCUCAUAUUUACCUCAUAUUUAUCUAGUUGUGUUAAACAUGGCACCUUUUGUUUGAAACCACCCUAUUUUUCAAGUGAUAAAAAAAUAUUGGAACAUGACUGACUGACAUGACUGACAGGUGUUGGAACAUCUCCGUCCACUGGCUUCCUGUAGCUGGCCGUAUCAAAUUCAAGGCCUUCAUGCUCACGUACAAGACCAUGUCUUUACAGUACCCCGUACCUCAACAUUCUCCUUGAGGCUUACAUUCCCUCACGCAAUCUGCGAUCGGUUAAUGACCAACGCUUAGUAGUACCUACUCAGCGUGGCUCAAGGUCCCUUUCCAGAGCCUUCAAACUAACUGUUCCUCAGUGGUGGAAUGAACUUCCAACCUCAAUCCAGACCACAGAAUCUGUCACUAUUUUCAAAAAACAGCUAAAGACCCACCUCUUCCGUGAGCAUUUAACUAACUGCUAAAAUGCGAACCCCACAUUAUUUAAAAAUAAAAAAUAAUAAAAAGUUUCCCUGGCUCUUACACCUCUACUCUGCGCACUUUGCUUCUCUAGAACUCAAUUAUAAAUCUUUCAUGGUAGCACUACUUGUAUUGUUCUUCACUUGAUAUAUCACUUUGCUUGUAUUUCCUCAUUUGUAAGUAGCUUUGGAUAAAAACAUCUGCUAAAUUAAUAAAUGUAAAUGUGUUCCUUGC